GUCCCCCUCCGCCCCCGCCCCCCCUCGGUUUCCUCCUCGCGGUUUUGCAACCGGCUCCCGCAUCCUGUUUUCCAUCUUGAGUCCGGCCCCUGUCCUGGUCAGGGGGUGCUGGACGUGGUGGCCGGAGCUCCGGGGAGCCAGACGCCCAGCCCCGCGCGCCCCAGAGAUGCUGCUGCCACCGGGACCCCCAGCCCUGCUGCUCCUGGCGGGGAUCCUGCUUGCAGCGGCUGCCCAGGAUCCCCGGUACCAGAUAAACCAGCCUGUGUCCCUGUCGGCGCCAGCCGGGGGCUCCGUCACCCUGCCCUGCACCUUCAUCUACCCCGAGGAGAUCAAGCCGCUGCAGGACCUCCGCGUUUACUGGAGACGGGGGGGAUUCUAUGGCGAGUUUAUCUACAAUCACACUGAGGGGUUCACCCGCCAGGAUUACAGGGACCGCAUUGUCCUGGUCGGGGACCCGCGGGGGAGUCGAACGGCCUCGAUCUGUAUCAACCGGCUGCGGGAGUCGGAUGCCAGCGAGUACGUCUGCCACAUCAGGGUGCAGAGGAACAACGGCACAUGGGAGCAAUGGCGCCGUCACCCUGGAACCCACCUCACGGUGACAGCCCAAGCCUUGACGACGAAUGCCCCCUGCACGGCGCAGGCGACGACCCCAGCCACAGCCACGACACAGCGGCCAGCCGGGACGGGGGCAGCCCCGGUGAUUGGGGGGGUGCUGGCGGGGGCCGUCCUGCUGGCCGGGAUCAUCGGGCUGGCUGUGUAUGGAGCCCGGAAGAGAACAGGCCGUCGGCAGAAGGACCCCCUGGCCCGGGCAGGACGUCCCCCCGCCCCAGCGCUCCCCGAAGCCCCAGGACCCUGGCUUGCUCUACGCCGCCCUGGCGUUCGCCGAGCCCGGCACUGCCCUGAGGCAGCCAGAGCCCCGCGGGGCCCCCAUGGACGAGACCCUCUACUCAGCCGUCCGGGUCCGCUAGGGCCGGGGGGAGCCCAGACCCCCAGGGGAGGGGCAGGGGGCUGGAGAGGGGAAGGGCAGGCCACGGGUGGGGGGCAGAGCUGGAUCGAGGGCAAAUGUGGGGUGGUCCCUGAGUUGGAGCUGGGUUGGACAUGGGGGACUCAGAGCCAAUGAGGGACUGGGGGGGGUCCUGCAUUGGGAGGUUUGGGGGUGUCUCCCUCCAGGUGUUUUCUCCACACUCCCCAGCCCGAUGUGGGGGGCAGGGCCCAAGGCCUGUGGGGCCCAGACCAGGCUGGAAGCUGGGACCCCCCAUCUUGGGGGGAUUGUUCCCCUCCCCCAGGGCCACGGGGAUGUGUCUGUCUGUCCGUCUGUCUGUCCGUCCGGGGGCAGCGCCUGGCCUGCCCCUCACCCCAAUAAAGCCUGUCUGACCCUUG